AUGACGCACAAUAAGGAGGUCGAAGACGCGAUGCGAAUUAAGAAAAGAGCAGUGCAUGUGCCGCUUAGAUAUUUGAGCAAAAUCAGUCAAGCUGCUGCUGCUGCAUCAGGGGAUAAUGAUGGAGGGAUCACUCCAAUUGAGGAGAUCAAAGCUGUCAAAACUGUUACAGGAGAUUUUGGACACCCUGAAAGGGGUGACACCUUGAUCAGGAAGUGGAAUGAGAACAGAGAGUACUUGAACCCUCCCAUCAAUGUGUUCAUGCCAUCAUCAACUGCCCAGCAAGUCUUGGUUAGGCAAGCACUCAUGAAAGGACAGGCC